GCUGUCCCGGCGCCUGGGGGCGCGCGACCUGCGGCAGCGGCGGCGGAUGCCCUGCGGGGAGACUGAGGCCCAGGUCGAGCGGGGCUCUGAAGGCCCUUGGUCCCGGCUUGUGAGGCGCCGGGAGGGCAUGGGCUCCAAGGCCAAGAAACGCGUGGUGCUGCCCACCCGUCCGGCGCCCCCCACGGUGGAGCAGAUCCUGGAGGACGUACGGGGGGCGCCCGCCGCGGACCCCGUCUUCACCGCCCUGGCCCUGGAAGACCCCCCAGGCCCCUCCGAGAGGGCCGAGGACGGCGAGGCCGGGCGGGAGCAGCUCUACCAGCAGAGCCGGGCCUACGUGGCCACGAACCAGCGGCUGCAGCGGGCCGGUGACGGGCUGAAGGCGCAGUGCGAGGGCCUGCGGCGGGCGGGCGCGGAGCUGCAGGCGGAUGUCGGCCACGUGAAACAGGUGGCGCUGCGGGGGGCUGCGGCCGCCUCCUUGGGCUGACCUGGCCUCCGGCUCUCUGGGGACAGCCCCCACGGCUCGCCGGAACCUGCCGCCCUCCCCAGGACACCUGAGUGGCCGCCCCUCGGACAUGGGCCCUGAGCCCCAGAAGCGGAUGCCAGGCUUUCUGUUCUGUGGCCUGGGCACACCCUGGUCCCCGGAGAAGCCAAGGGACAGAGCCCGCGGGGGCUGUGGGUGCAGCAGGGACGGCUCAGUGUGUGGCGGGUGCACCUGCCUUGGCGGCACAGACCCUCCCCAGGGUCGGGUCCGGGACCCUGCAGAUGCGCUCCCCCCAGGGCUUCCCUCCUGGGACCCUGAUCACCGUCGAGCCCAGACUGCACUUCUCGGGGGUCCCAGCACCGAGGGCCGGUCUGUCCAUUCUCCUCCCGUCCUCUGUGACCCUGCUUCCCCGUCAUCCCAUUAAACUGAGCUGGCAGGACCA